AGACACCGGGGUUAGCUUAGCUUUAUCCAUUACUCCCAAACCAAUAUAAAUAAAUGUAGCAUUUCAACUCUCGGUAAUUGAAAACAAAGGCACCACCCACAAGAGCUCACAAACAACAAAACAAGAGAGAGAGAAAGAGAAAGGAAGAAGCUUGUGAUCAAUGGCGUCAAGGAAGAGUUUUCUCUCCAAGCCCAGUCGUUACAUCUUUCCGACAACCUCCGACACCCAUUUGAGCCAAACCCAAGAGGGCAUGUUCGAGUUGGACGAGGCCGACUUGUGGAACCACCACUCCUCCGCCACGGAUCACGCCAAAAAGGGCUUACCCUCUUCGGGUUCGCGAUCUGUUCCGAAGAGAGGUUCGAGGAAUAACAGCAACAAGGUCGACGGAGGAGGAAGAGACAGAGUGCCGGCAGCGUCGUCAUUGCCCGUUAACAUACCCGAUUGGUCCAAGAUCUUGAAGGAGGACUACAAGGACCACAACCCCAGGUGGGAGAGUGAAGAUGAAGAUGAAGACGACAACUUUGGUGGUUGUGGUGAUGAACCAAACCAAGGGCAACAAGGGCUUAGGAAUAUUAGGGUACCCCCUCAUGAAUAUCUCGCCAGAACAAGAGGGGCUUCUCUGUCGGUGCAUGAAGGGAUUGGAAGGACUCUGAAAGGCAGGGAUUUGCGCAGUGUCAGAAAUGCCAUUUGGAAGAAAGUGGGCUUCGAAGAUUAAUCAUAGUUAGUGAUUAAUUAAUGGGUGUUAGAGUUAGGUUUCUUUCAUCUUUCAUCUAAUCAUAGUAUAUAUAUAUAGAGAGAGAGAGAGAAGAUAUGGAUCAGAUUCCAUAUUCUGCAGUAGUUUUUAUUUUUGGAAAAUUUUGGUUAAGGGCGAUAACCAUAACCAUAACUUACUUUAGUGACAGCUAGUUAAAGAUUGAAAAGAUCCAUAUGCUAGAUUGUUGGCGUGGAUGAAUGAAUGAUUUCAUGAUCAUAUAGGAAGGGACUUUUUUUUUUUUUUGGUUUUCUUCUUCUUAAUGUUGACUCGUAUUGUUGUAGAUGAUGAACCUCAUUUUAGGUGUGUACUGUUUUUGAAGAAGAGCCAGCACUUAUGAUGUUUUUUGCCAUAUUUAUGAAUAGUGUUUUUGGGUUUCGUGGAUUGA